ACGUACUUUAAUCAAAAUGCCUUGACGCUGAUCCGAUCCCUCAUCACUGGCGGGGCGACGCCGGAACUGGAGCUGAUCCUGGCGGAAGGCGCCGGAUUGCGAGGCGGCUACAGGCAAAACCGAGACCGGUGUCGCGUCGGGAUGAUUUCCUUGCACGACGGCCCGUUGUCCAAUUUCGGGACAGGUGGCGGGAAAUACGGGGAAUUGUUCGUCACGGCCCUGAGAACCUACGGCAUGCUGUGCAUCGGGCUCUACCGGAUUCUGAGUCUGGGACCGCCUCCAGAUCCCGGGGAUCCAAGGAGUCUGACGCCGGAUGCUUCUUCCAAACGCUACGUCAUCACGAACCCGCCCGACGACUUCUCCCUUCUGCCGACCGACAGGGUGCUUGGACUGAGUCUGGAAGAAAUCAGGAUUCUGAGUCUGGGACCGCCUCCAGAUCCCGGGGAUCCAAGGAGUCUGACGCCGGAUGCUUCUUCCAAACGCUACGUCAUCACGAACCCGCCUGACGACUUCUCCCUUCUGCCGACCGACAGGCAGUUCGACCACGGGAUCGAGUACAAGCCAGCCCGGGGCAAACCCAGUGACUCGGGGCUCCUGCACUGCAGCGCCAUGACGGACGGGCCAUACUCGUUCAUCUGA